UCACGGGAAGGGAUUUAAGAAUUUAAAAAAAUUAUCACUUAUCUGACGUCAGUUUGACAUCUCGAUUCUUAGAGAUUGGUUUGUUCUCUGUGAUUCAUUCAUUUGGAUUUUGGGCCUUACCUAAAAAUCAUUAAGUUCAAAUUAAAAAUUAAAUUGCACAGUGGAGACUGAAUAGCGUGAAUUAAUAAAUUGUGAUCAUGAACUUGUUAUGUUAUUCUUACAAGUGUGUAAUAAAGAAAAGACUGUUAUAGUUUAGCGGAGCCUUCCAAAUAUCUAGGCGAAAAAAAGUAUUAACUAUGGAUUGGAUUAUAUCUGAUGAGUUAGGGCUGACCGUGGGCCAUUUAGUAGGUUGGGGUGCAGCUACGGCGAUGAUUGUGGGGGGAGUAGCUCCAUACAUUCCACAGUAUAGACAAAUUAGGAAGACUCAAGAUGCAGAAGGAUUCUCCCUGUAUGUUUGUUUGACGCUAUUAAUAGCAAAUACAUUGCGCAUAUUGUUUUGGUUUGGCAAACGCUAUGAAAUACCAUUAUUAAUUCAGAGUAUAGUGAUGAAUGCAACAAUGUUUGCGAUGAUCCACCUUUGUGUGACUGUAAAGAAAAAAAAUCAAAUAAUUAGAUCGAGAGAUCGAAUUUUCACAGGUGCAAUAUUCAUGUUAUAUAUACUAUUAUGUUGUGUAAAUGGCUCAGCUCAGCCAGAUGAUACAGCGCAGUGGUUGGGUCAACGCAGUGGCAUCGUUGGUGUUGAAAAACCACAUCGCUUUUAUGAUAUGGACAGAAAGUAUUUUUGGGCCUGGACGGACUUCCAGAGCUACUUAGACUGUAUGCUAGUCUUCUCAGUUUUUGGUGCAGCUAUCACCUACCUGUUGAUAGAAUUUGCGCCGUUCGUGGAACUGAUCGGGUUUCUAGCAGUAUUCACUGAAGCAAUGUUAGGAGCGCCCCAGAUUGCUAAGAACCUAGCCAACAAAAGUACGGAAGGCAUGAGCCUGAGCAUGGUGAUAAUGUGGACGUGCGGUGACCUCUUCAAGACUGCUUAUUUUGUUAUAAGAGAAGCGCCCACACAGUUUUGGGUGUGCGGCGGCUUACAAGUAUUGUUAGAUAUUGUUAUACUAGUCCAAGUGUGGCUUUAUCGCCACAACACCGCUGCGGCGCGGCGAGUCCGGCGCGGCGACUAGCAGUGGACGGAGACCGACUUAUAGCGGUCGAUGUGCAUCCUCCGCACCCUCGGCGCCGCCACGGUACUGCCCUGCUUCCUUAUAUCCUUAUGACGAACCCUUUACCUCUGUACAACCCCGUGUACCCUGUUAUAUUUGUUAUAAUCCCCGUUACACAAUUACUUUGAUUAGAUGCUAUUGUAAAGACGUUGUCAUGUCUCGUUUGGUCAUAAAUAUUUUAAGUUUUUGCGCUCUGUCCCGCUUGGCGUUUACGGUGCUUUAUAGCGAGAUCAACGGACCUUUAUAGCGGGGCAAGUGGGAUGAAAACGUUUGUUAUAUACACAAUAUUGUUUUGAGUAGCUACAAUUGUACCAUCGUUAUCAUUCGAGUCGUCGAGUCAUAAAUUUGUCUGACUCGUACACUUUAGUGCCUGUGGAGCACCAUAGAGGGAGGUUUAUUGGCGGUUUUAAUACGUCGACUGAAAUUAUAACGUUAUUGUACUGAUUAUUUCGAUCAGCUACUUUUGUGACGCUGUUAUCAUCAGAGUCGUUUGGUCAUAAAUCUUUUUAGUUUUUGUCGCGCGCGCAUAUUAGCGCUUAUAGCGAGAUCAACUGACCUUUAUCAUUUAAGACGACUGGUACUAAAUCUAUUUAGUUUUAGCGCUUAUUGAAAAUCAAAGAGUGAGAGAGAGAGAUCUAAUAAUAUUUAUGGUCAGACGACGAGGAUGACGACAAUGAUAUUGUUAUGCACCAUUCACGGUGUCACGGUUCAAAUUCUGUUCAACACAGUUCUCAAAUCUUGACUAAGCUGACCAAAAUAGCGCUGUCCUUUAGCGCUAAAAGGAUAGCAAUAUUUUGGUAUCUGUCGAUAUCGUUUAAAGAUUUGUGUACUACAGUAUUAACUCCAUUACGACAAUAAUCCCGGAAACGUAUGUGUGAAGCCCGCGACGCCUUGCGUGUUAAGUCAAUUCACAUCAUAAUAUUUUCCAUAAUAUUUAUUAUUAUUGUGUUUAGCUAUGAAACAUCGAAACGUCACGUCUUGGUACGGUUUGCGUACAGCAACUUCUAUGGCAUGUAAUAAAAAAUACUAUAUCUCCCUUAGAUCAAUUUAGCGGUUCUGUUUUAGUUUUGUUUUUAAUUGGUGUUAAAAAUACGAAACACUUAGUUAAUAUUUAAUGGAAAAUAAUAAAGUGUAAUAACUCUAAAUCUUAUUUGAAUAGUGUUUUUAUUACUUUAUCGAGUUAAAUAAGAAAAACACGAUAGGAGUACAAUUUUUAGAAUAGUCGUCGCCACCGAUCAUAAAAUGAAAACUUUUUGGAAAUAAAGUACAAGUACAAGUGUUAACAAUCGGAUUGAGGCAUUAGAAAUGUAAUUGGCAACGAAGCGACAUGAAGUAAAAAUCUUCCAACGUUUGUUAGUAAGUCUUAGAAUAAUAUUAUUACACGCAGCCCGCGUGCGUACAAAGUGCGUACCGUGCGUGUGUGCGACAUACAUAGACGUUUGUCUAGACUGUACGCGUAUGGCGUUAGUUGGCAGUUUCAAUGCAGCAAUAUAUUAUCAACUACAAAAUAAUUGCAUCUAAACUGCAUUUUGCAGUCGUAAUUCAUAAAAAUUUGCACGCUGACUUGAUUUGUACUUUGAAUCAGUCGACAGUUUGAAAGUACCUAUAAACUGCAAAACGAAUGCAUCCGAACUGCAUUCUGCAGCUGACUUGCAGUUCCAAUGCGGACCAUCUGAAAAGAUCUUCAAUAGUGAUAGCGUUAUCGAAAUAAUUCACUGAAAUUAGUACGAGAUACCACAUCUCGCUGGGAUAUUUCUAUAAUUUAAAACCGCUAAGAGUACCGUACAAAGGUUACUGAUAUGACUUGCGGAACGAAUAUUUUAACUUUUUGGGUAAAACUUUUACAUAUUUAUUGUGUGCUUACGUUCUUAGUCGGUUUUAGAUUAGUUUAAAAGUCAAUUGAUAAAUAUUUAAAAAAUCUUCCUAAUAUUUUGCAUUGGGUACGAACCAUAUUGGUAAUGCAGUAAAAUUGAUCUAAAACCUACUAUGGUAAAAUACAAUCCGUUUACAUACUUUAUUCGUGAAUUCUUGUUUAUUAUAAAAUAAUGUUAUUCUAUUUAAACAUAUCGGAUUUGAAGCACUUAAUUAAAACUAAUAGAUGAACUGCACUUUUAAACUGUUUUUAAAACCUCGAAGGAGUUGAUCAUUAAGGUGUAGUUCCGAGCUCAGUUUUUAUGCCGACAGUGACGCUACGAUAGUUGAUUUGUAAUUGAGCAAAACAAAUACAGUUAAUUUUAUACGUACAUCAGUUUUUGUUUCCCGUUCUAUUUAUUUAACAACGUUAUAAACGCUUCAUACGACUGAAUCUCUGACCGUAUAUUAUAAAAAUAAUGAUUGUUAAAUUUUGUUACUUACUAAAACUCGUUACUGUAGUAAUAUUUGAAAUGCUAAAAAUUGUAGGUUAUAACUAAAGCGCUAUUUGUCUGGCAUUUCGAAUCGAAAUUAGUGUUAUCCUGCAGAAAUAUAUAAUAUAAUACUGCAGAAAUAAUUAAAACUAAUGUUGUGGGAUGGAUGUAGUAAUCAAAGGUUUUAGGCUGUCAAUCCACAAAUAUAGUUUUUUUUAAUCUCAUUAAGAUAUUUUAUAGCGCACGCAUGGAAUUUUUUUUAAUCUGUCAAGUUAGCCCUUGACUGCAAUCUCACCCGAUUGAUGCUAUAAGUCAGUUAUGCCAAAAUAACCCCUCAUCGUUUUAUUCUUGGCAUCAUAACGGAACGCUAAAUCGCGACUACUCGCGACUACUAGCGACAGAGUACAUGUAAUACUAAGUCUCUUUUGUUGCGACACUAACGUCGCAUCAUUUUCUUCGGAACUGCACCUUAAAUCUCGCUGUUGUAUUAGUGUUUAAGAGAAAGAAAUCGCUGUGAAACGCAUUAUAUUUUAUUGUGAUAAAGAUGUAGGAAUUUCAUGUAGAUAGGUAGUUCGUUUUUAUAAUGGACAAUGAGAUGAAUGUUUUAACAAAAAAAAAACUUUAGAUGUAUAUUUACUUUAGUUGUAGGU